GGUGUCCAUUCUGUAGGCCCAAUUCGUUUUCCGUGCUAUUGAUUUACCGGAUGAUACCUUGCUCCCUAAAUUACCUCCUGAGCUUCAAGCCUCCACCUUCAACAUUCAAUGGUAUAAACUCAUUCAAACGCCAUGCUGGAGACUCUGUACCGCUAAAUCCAUUCCGUUAAACCAACAUUCCUUUUGAAAACAUCGUCAAGAAUUUCUUGAAGAGAGUUUUCAGCAACUACGUGACAGGACAUGUUCAGUUUUGUUUUCCGCUUGCCGCCUCAAUUUGAUUAUUGAUCCGAUACUCUGGUUACCCAUAACACACAGUGAGUGUAGUCGAACUAUUCGAUGGCAUCUUGAUUGGCUACCCAGAGGAAUACCUAAAGCCUGCCCAUUUUAUUCUCAUGUACACUUUAGUUGGUCACACGUCACUGAAUGCUUGCAUAUGCACACUCAUUUAUUCUUGCCACGAUCAAUCGCAGAUCCCCUUUCCUUUCUUUUAAAUCAUCUCCCUCAGCAUAAGUACCAAAAUUCGCAGGAUGUUUCUACCUGGUUCUAUUGUUGGCCAGUUGUGUGCACCAUUCUACAGGAAAUGGAUUACCUACUACACGACAAACUACCUCCCUCCACUUCUUGAUCCAGGCAGAAAAUUAUUCAACUAGUUGUCCCUUUAACCUUGUUAGCAACAUUCCCCUUUCUUUCUCAUCUUCUCUUAUUCCUUUCCUUUACCUUUUUACCUCUUGUCCUGUAAGAGGGUUUUUAGAUACUUUUUUCGCAUAAUCUGAACUGACCUAGACAAUCCAAUAUAACAAACAUAUUAUAUGCUCAUAGGUCGCUUUAUAUAUUUUAAUUUAUAAAAAAAAUAAUAAUAAAACUUCCUAUUUUUUUUUUCUUCCCAACACCCAUAAAAAAAAACAGCAACUUGCUGCUAGGCUUUGAAACGCGACAACUACCCACAUAUAACGAGGGAUUUUACAAGCUAUAUGGUAGUACGCAGGAGAAGAAGGUUAUGGAGACACUUGGCAGCUAUCCAAAGUUGCAACAAUGGUGCCCGUCUGUGUGGUGGUAGAUUUUAUCGUU